AUGGCGUUGCAAGCCAUAGCUUUAUUAAUUACCCUCCUGGGUAUAUUGUUUCUUUACAAGAUCAUUAGACCCUCAAAUCCAAGAAUUGCACCACUACCACCAGGCCCAAAACCAAAGUUAUUCAUUGGUAACCUAUCAGAUUUACCGCCAGCAGGAGAGAAAGAAUGGCUUCACUGGGCAAAGCACAAGGAUUUAUAUGGACCAAUCAGUUCCAUAAGGUUGUUAACCCAGACGAUAAUUAUCAUCAAUGACAUGUCUUUGGCAUUUGAGAUCCUAGAAAAACGAUCUGUAAUCCACUCGUCAAGACCUCGAUUUGUAUUCGCAAAUGAUCUGGUCGGAUGGGAUAAAGCACUCAGCAGCCAGAACUACACCCCCCUCUUUCGCGCGUACCGUAAAGCUGUCGGUCGUGUAAUGGGUUCUCGAAAAUCAGUUGCUCAGUUCGACGGGUUACAAGAAAUGGAGUCAGAAAAGUUUCUUCUGAGGUUGUUGAAACAGCCAGAGAACUUUAAAAAGCACAUUCGGACUGAAGUCGUAACUGCCGUUCUCAAAAUGACUUAUGGCUAUUCGGUCUCCGACAACGACGACCCUUUACUUGCGUUGGCCGAUCAAGCAUUGGCAGAGUUUUCCAAAGCUGCUAUGCCAGGGGCUUGGCUUGUCGAUAUCAUUCCUGCUUUGAAAUUUAUUCCCGAAUGGAUGCCUGGAGCUGGAUUCAAAAAAACAGCCCGUGCAUUUCGUCAGACUACAUUAGAAUCGACAAGAGUUGGUCUUGAUUUCACUAAAAAGGAGAUGGCUACUGGAAAGCAUAUCCCAUCUUUCACAUCAAAUGCCCUUGAGGCAGGGGAAGAUGAAGAAAUUGUCAAGUGGUCUUCGUUUGCCCUUUAUGGUGGAGGAGCGGAUACAAUCAUAUCCACUUUAAAAUGUUGCUUUCUAGCUCUUAUACUGAAUCCCGAAGUUCAGCGUCGAGCACAAGAAGAAAUUGAUCGCGUUGUUGGUUCGGAAAGACUCCCCACCGCUAAGGACCGUGAUAACCUCCCAUAUGUGGACGCAAUCGUAAAAGAAACCCUCCGCUGGCAACCAAUUGCUCCACUUGGCCUCCCGCACACAGCAGAUCAAGAUGAUGUUGUGGAAGGGUUCUUGAUUCCAAAGGGGGCAAUUCUUCUUGCCAAUAUAUGGUUGUUCAAUCACGAUCCAUCCAUCUAUAACGAUCCAUCAAUUUUCAACCCUUCUCGUUUCAUGCCCACAGAAACCUACGCUGCCCAGCCAGAUCCUCAUAAUGUGACCUUCGGUUUUGGUCGACGCAUAUGUCCCGGUCGGAUAUUCGCAGAUACUUUUUUGUUUCUUACUAUUGCUCAAACCUUAUCCGUCUUCUCAUUAAGUCAACCUGUAGAUGAGGACGGCAAGGUACUGGAACAGGUAGUCGAUUUCGAGCCGGGAAUAGUCACGCGUCCGGUGGAUUAUAAGUGCAAUUUCACACCGAGGAGUCCAAGGCAUGAGCAAUUGAUUAGAGAGAUCGAGACAGAAGCUUAAACGUUGAUCUCUAUGCCCAGAUAUGCUCACUCGCCUUCUGUGAUCUCCACUAGUCAUAGAACGCCUUGAUUCAUCAUCAAUUGAUCCGUAUCACCAAACCUGUAGAUAUUAAAUCGCAGAUCUCUA